AUGCCAUCAACUCCCCUAGUCCUCACCCUUGCUAUCCUCACCGCAACAAUCCUCGUCCUCCUCAUCAUAUGGCUGUUCAUCCGCUACACCAAGGUCCGCCACGCACACCACACCUCUCACGCCCUAAUGCCUCAUGAGGAGAUCUCUACAGCCGACAACGGCGAGAGCACUGUGCAGCUGUACAACACGUACCGGCCGACCGGCGCUCCACAAGCAGCCGGCGAUGCCGGCGUUGAGCUGCAGUAUUUGCGAGUUCGCGACUGUGCUGAGGGGGAGAAAGCGGAGGUGUGGUUGCAGAGGGGCACUAGCAGGGGUGGUAUGAGGGCAGGCGGUGCCGAGAGAACGCAGCCCCUUGGGAGGGUGAAGGAGGAGGAGCAAGUUGUGCUGGGUACACGCACGGUGAGGAUGUAG